AUGGCUCGUCAUCAAUUCUUGAUCCUGACAUCUUUAACCAUGUGUAUACACCUGUUCGUAUCGGGAGAAAUGCUCUAUACCAACUAUGAAUAUGGUAUCGACACAAAGCCCUCGGACAUAAAGGAGGGAUAUGUAAACCCAGAAGCCGUGCAUGGAUCCAUGGUACGGCUCCACUCUGUCGAUGAACACAUCCUGAAAGGUGUUAAUAGCGAAUUCAUCCGAUUGACUGUGACAAAGGGAGAUAUCAUCGGGGUCAACACCAGCUUCUUUGUUAUUGGUACAGACGCAUUCAUGAUUGAUGAAGAUAAUUUCCUGGUAGUAAAUAACUCUGAGGAUUUAGAAGAAUCUACUGAAGUUAUCUUCAAUGUAGUUUUGAUCAGGGAUAGAGACCAUAAAAUCAUCUCUAACGCCCUGCCGUUAGCCGUGCAUCUAGACAAGCGUGUGGAGGACAAGAGCAAGUCUGAUUAUUCCAUGGGCGCCGCCAUUUUUGCUGGAGUGCUUGUUCUAUUUAUAGUAUUUAUGGCGUUACUGAUUCCAUUUGUAAUUCGUGCUAAACGACGUUUAAGGGAAGGAAAACAUCCAUUUAAACUGGGAAGUCAUCCAUCUAUGACAAAUUUAAAAGACAAAGAAGUUAGCGAAAUACCACGAAUGGAAUCUCGAGAACCAAACUGGUAUCACAACACAGUUUUUAACUAUGAAGAUGAGGUACAGAAAGAGAAAUACGAGUUUACACAUGAUAUCAUUGCUAUCGAUGACAAAGAGAAAGUAAAUUCACUGCAGCUGAACAAAAUAUUACAGAAAGACCCGGUAAAGGAUGAAUCAGGGAAUAACAGUGUUAAAGGCAUUUUGAAGAAUGGAACUGAACAUAUCGAAACCAAAGCUACUGUAGAGACGGUGGAGUCGAAACUGUGA